AUGCAUCAGAAUUAUUUAUCUACUCAUCUUGUUGAUGAUUUAUGUAUUCGAUCUCUAGGAGAAUAUUUUUCUUAUUUAAAAAUGAAAUUUACUACUUCUUCUUCUUUAGCUAAGAAUCAUGAAAAAUAUGAAAUAUCAAUUGAUGAUGAAAGUGAUGAUUUGAUUACUGUUAAUGAUUUAAAUGAACGUCAUCAGAUUUCCCCGGAACUUCAAACAAAUGCACAGUGUUAUGAUGUUACUCAACAUCAUCAAGCCCAUGAACCAUUUUAUAAUAUGAAUCAAAAUUAUCCGGUGCUAGAAGAAUCUUAUGAGAUUAAUACACAUCAUCAUAUUGAUGAAUCCUAUGAAACAGCUGAUUUAUAUUCAGAAAUUAAUUCGCAGGCAGAAAGUAAUAAUCAGUAUAAUCAAACUAAUUCUAAAAAUGAUGCUGACGUAAAUUAUAAUUUGCCAAAUAAUGGUCUUCAUAUUGUUCCUGGUUCUUUAUUUCAACUAAAAACAAAACGAUCAAUAACUGCACGAAAAAGAAGAAAUAAAAAAACUAAUAUAAGACAUCGAAGAAAUCGAUACAAUUUCCACCUUAUUCGACCAGUUGAUACCACCAUCACGCACGUCAAAAGGAUUCUUCAUUCUUAUGCUGUCCCUUAUUUGAAUGUCAAUAUUGUUAGAUCAACACUUUACAUCGAAUUAAAAUCACGAAGUUUCCAGGACUAUUACGAACAGUUGUUAUUAAUGGAUUUAUUCAUUUAA